UGCCUCUUUGAAGCAGACAUGGUUGCAGCCUAAUGGAUGGAGCUUUCACCCACCGUGACCAAGUAGACUCUGCCUUGCUCAAGCUCUGUUUACCUGUGCCAAAGCUAGAAGCUAGAAGCUUUUCCGUUUCAAAAUCUGUUAAAAGCUUGUGCUACAAAGCUAUAGAGCCACAUGGAUGUUGCUUAAACGGAUUAGAUUCUCUUGGUUUUGAAGAAAAGAAAGGUGAAAUGGGGAGUUCGGUUGAGAAAAAUGAAAGCUUUGGUGAUAAUGGGGUCCAAAAGGGUCGUGAAAGUAGUUCAAGCUCCGAUCUUUUGACACCAGAAACAACCGUGCACGAGGAAGAAGAACACAGUCACAGUAGUUCCGAGGAAGAAGAUUUAUAUUCACCGCCUUCAAUAGAUUGGCAUGUGCAUGAAAUUUCCGAAACAGAGGGCAGCACUUGUAGUGAUUUUAGUGAAGAUAGAAAGAAACCCCCCAUGAAUGACAGGAUGUUGGAGAAACAAAGUUCCACAAUUUCAGAGAUUGAGUUGAUGAAGGAAAGAUUUGCAAAAUUGCUGCUUGGUGAAGAUAUGUCAGGUUCAGGAAAUGGUGUUAGCACUGCCUUGGCUAUUUCAAAUGCCAUCACCAAUCUUUCUACCACCUUAUUUGGGCAAAUAUGGAGGUUAGAACCAGUAACUCAUGAGAAGAAAGCAAUGUGGCGAAGAGAGAUGGAAUGGUUUCUCUCCGUUAGUGAUCACAUUGUGGAGUUGAUACCGACUUGGCAGACGUUCCCAGGCGGAAGCAAGCGAGAGGUCAUGACUUGCAGGCCCCGAUUGGAUCUUUACGUUAACCUCCCGGCUUUGCGAAAAUUGGAUAACAUGCUUCUUGAGACAUUAGAUAGUUUUGUUGAUGCAGAGUUCUGGUAUGUUGACCAAGGGAUUCUAGCUCAGCAGGCUGAUUCAACCCCUUUCCGAAAAGCCCUUCAGCGUCAAGAGGAGAAAUGGUGGCUUCCCGUGCCUCGAGUGCCUCCGGGAGGCCUCAAUGAAAAUUCGAGGAAGGAGUUGCAGCAUAAACGUGACUGUGCAAAUCAGAUCCUAAAAGCUGCCAUGGCUAUCAACAACAUUACUCUAGCUGACAUGGAAGUCCCUGAAUCAUAUUUCGAAUCUCUUCCUAAGAAUGGCCGAGCGAGCUUAGGAGAUCUUAUUUAUCGCUAUAUUUCAUCGGAUCUGUUUACACCUGAAUGUCUUCUUGAUUGCCUUGAUUUGUCCUCUGAUCAUCAAUCUACAGAAAUUGCCAACCGAGUGGAGGCCUCGGUAUAUCUGUGGCGCAGAAAAACCAAUCCCAAACCUGUCAACACAGCUCGCUUUAGUUCAAAGUCGUCAUGGGACAUGGUCAAGGAUCUGAUGGUUGAUGCUGAAAAGAGAGAAAUACUUGCAGAUCGAGGUGAGAGUCUACUGCUUUGCUUGAAGCAGCGGUUCCCGGGUCUUCCCCAGACCACUUUAGAUAUGAGCAAGAUUCAGUACAACAAGGAUAUAGGAAAAUCCAUUCUGGAAAGCUACUCAAGAGUAUUGGAGAGCCUGGCAUUUAACAUUGUGGCGCGUAUUGAUGAGACGAGGAAUACAGUAAUCCAAACGAAGAAACCGAAUCAGAGAAAAGCCAAUAGGAUAUCGACAAAUGAUUCCGAAGAUACUUUUAAAAUGAAUGUUUCGACAAUCAUGAAGACAACUGCGGAUAUACGUAACAUCAAAAUCUUAAUCAACUUUCACAAAACUGAGUGGUUGCAGUCUUUCAUUAGCUACCAUUUAAAGGCAUUUGAGGUUUGUCCCCACCAACAGAUAGACAAGGACUGCUUGAAUCUGCAGGUCCCAUUGUUUGAUAGGGAACAACCAUAA